UUAUUACGUAAGCGUAGAAAUUUCUUAAACCACGUGUUUUUAUAUUGGCAUUAACGCUUCCAAAUAGUAUUACGGACGAUUGUUAAAAAUUACCGAAAAUCAUGGCGUUUAUCUCUGUUCGAGAAAUUGUUAAUCCAGUUUUUCAACAAACCAUCAGACAAGUACAUCUUAAUCGGCACAUUGUUAACUGUCAACAACAUAAGAUAUUAUGUAGCCGAUUAUUAUCACCAAUUAUAACUAGUCAAAGAUUUUAUGCAGAAAAGAAAAUCUUUAACAGAGAUAAACCUCAUUGUAAUGUUGGAACGAUAGGUCAUGUCGAUCAUGGAAAGACCACCUUGACAGCUGCUAUAACGAAAGUUCUUUCUGAAAAGCAAUUGGCUACGGCUAAAGGUUACAGUGAAAUUGACAAUGCUCCUGAAGAAAAAGCUCGUGGUAUAACUAUUAAUGUAGCACAUAUUGAAUAUCAAACAGAGAAACGUCAUUAUGGCCAUACAGAUUGUCCAGGUCAUGCUGAUUACAUUAAAAAUAUGAUUACUGGUACUGCACAGAUGGACGGUGCUAUUUUGGUUGUAGCAGCCACUGAUGGUACCAUGCCUCAAACUAAAGAGCAUUUAAUUCUUGCAAAACAAAUUGGAAUCGAACAUAUAAUUAUUUUUAUCAACAAGAUCGAUGCUGCUGAUGCCGAAAUGGUAGAAUUGGUAGAAAUGGAAAUAAGAGAAUUAUUAACUGAAAUGGGCUUUGACGGAGAAAAAAUACCUGUUGUUAAAGGCAGUGCUCUUUGUGCACUUGAAGGAAAAAAUCCUGAAAUUGGUUCACAGGCCAUAUUGAAACUUUUAGAUGCAAUAGAUAAUAAUGUACCAACUCCAGUGAGGGAUUUGGAUAAACCAUUUUUAUUACCAGUGGAAACUAUUUAUUCAAUCCCUGGUAGAGGUACUGUAGUCACUGGUAGAUUAGAACGAGGAAAAAUAAAAAAAGGAAUGGAUUGUGAAUUCAUUGGAUAUAAUAAAACUAUAAAGACCGUGAUCACUGGUAUUGAAAUGUUCCAUCAAAUAUUGGAGGAAGCACACGCUGGUGAUCAAUUAGGUGCUCUAGUUAGAGGUUUGAAAAGAACAGAAAUCAAAAGAGGUAUGAUUAUGUGCAAGCCAGGCUCUAUGAAAGCAUAUGAUCAUUUUGAAGCGCAAGUAUAUGUAUUAAGCGUAGAAGAAGGAGGUAGAAAGAAACCUCUUAGAAAUCUCGCACAAUUGCAAAUGUUUUGUAAAACUUGGGAUGUUGCAGCACAGAUUAAUUUAAAUGAUAAGGCAAUGAUUAUGCCAGGAGAAGAUUGCAAAUUUGAAAUUAAAUUAAUUCGCCCUAUGGUAUGUGAAAAAGGCCAGAGAUUCACGUUUCGCGAUGGAAGUACAACUUUAGGAACUGGAGUAAUCACGAAUAUUCUACCAUCUUUAACACUUGACCAGCGUACAAACCUUUUAGAAGGAAAGAAGAAAAAGCAAAAAAUGCAAGAAUAAUUAAAAAGUUUUAAAUUAAUGUAAAUAUCCGUAUUCUAUUUAUCCGUUUAUAUUAUAAAAUACUUAUUGUAUUCAAAGGACAAUUCCAUUUAUGCUACAAACGAACAUUUAAACAUUUUUAUUAUUAGUCUAUAUCUCAUAUAUAUAUAUAUUUACUUAAAUCCUUUUGUUUACUUCUUCAUUUACAAGGAUUUGCAUUUUCUUACAUCAUUAAAGUGUUUUAUAAGCUGAAUGUGGGAACACGCAGUAUCAUGUGAAUUUGAUUAGAUUAUGUCAUAAAGAUGCAAUGUUAAAUAAUAAUUUCAUUAAUGUCCUUUAAAUUCUCAUAUAUUCAUUUACUCUAUCCUUCAAUAAAUCAGUUAUAUAAAUUAUAAAUUA